CAAUGCCCUCCAAAUAUCUCGCCUACAUACGUGCUCCCCCUCCGUCCCCCAAAACUCCUCUAUAAAUCUUCCCCCCCCUUGCUCCCUCCAACAAUGAAGGAAGGAAGGAGAAGGAUACACGGCGUCACAAACACCUCAAUACCAAGGUUUGCAUGGGACUCCUUGACCAGCUGUGGGACGACACGGUGGCCGGGCCGCGGCCGGAGUCCGGCCUCGGCAAGCUCCGCAAGUACGCCUCCUUCUCCCCGUCCUCCACGGCGGCGGCCGCGCCGCCGGCCGACGCGCCGGCGGUGACGCGGAGCAUCACCAUCCUCCGCCCGCCGGCUCUGUCCGUGCCGUCCGCGGGCAGCGAGGCCGGCGGAUCCGCGCCCUCGUCCCCGGCCAGCGUCCCGGACUCCCCCUUCGGCACAGCGAGAACACCUAGGGGAGACGGGUGGAGUAAGCUGCGCCGGAAAGGCAGGAUGGCCGCCGCCGACGGCAUGGACGCGGCAAGCCCUGGCACCCCAAGGAGCCCGACCGUCUACGACUGGGUGGUGAUCAGCUCGCUGGACCGCUGAAGCUGCUCCGCGGAGGCAAAAAGAGCUGCACAAGCACAACGAGAGCACUCAGCUGCAAGGACCCUGAAGACGGAUCACAAGAUCGACCUCUUGUCCUCUAAUUUCAGCUUGUCCCAGUAUAUAUGUCAGUUAUGUACCUCCGCUGUAAACCUCUACGUAUGGUAUAUGUGUCACCGUGUAGAUCGAAGUCCUAGCAGCUGAAGGAAAAAUGGUAGGGAAACCGGCUGGCUAUGACCUGAAGCGAAUGAGACCGAUGUGAUUGUGUACUGUACUGUGGUGUCGUCCUACUAGUGCUAGUAGAGGGGGUGGCUUGGGUGUGCGAGCUGAUGUUACUGUGGCCUGCUCGGCUCUCCACUGCCUUUGUUUGUACAAGGCGGAAGAAGGCAUGUGCUAAUGCAGUGUAAAAUAUCUCUGCAAUAAUGCAUGGCGAAUUAAGCGUGUUCUGAACAUACUGAA